UAAUGUCAACAAUGUCGAGCUGUCAGUGGUGAGGCGCGUCGUAGCUUCAAGGGUGUGCGCGCUCUCGACACAGCAGGAAAUAUGGCGGCGCUCAUGACUCUCACCCAGUUAUCGAGUGGAAACCCAGUUUACGAAGUCUACUACAGACAGGUGGAUCUGGGAGACACUGGGACAGUAGGAGCUGCAGAUGCUGCUCAGUUCCUGAAGAAAUCAGGCCUUUCAGACAGUACCUUAGGAAAAAUCUGGGAUUUGGCCGAUCCAGAAAGGAAGGGCUUCUUGGACAAACGGGGUUUCUUUGUAGCGUUGAGGUUGGUGGCCUCAGCUCAGGGUGGCAACGACAUCAGUCUCAACAACCUCAAUCAGACUCUAGCAGCACCCAAGUUUAGAGACACAAAUACUCCGUUGCUCAGCACAUCGCUGAGUACACCUUCAUCUGAUUCCCACUGGGCUGUAAGGUCUGAUGAAAAAAGGAAGUUUGAUGGCAUCUUUGAAAGUCUUCUACCAGUCAACGGUCUUUUGUCUGGAGACCAAGUCAAACCUGUCCUGAUCAACUCCAAACUACCCAUGGAUGUGUUAGGAAGGAUUUGGGACCUCGGUGACGUGGAUAAAGAUGGACACUUGGACAGAGAGGAGUUUUCAGUGGCCAUGCACCUGGUGUACAGGGCUAUGGAGAAGGAGCCUGUCCCUUCCGUCCUGCCCUCCUCCCUCAUCCCUCCAUCCAAGAGGAAGAAGUCUGCGGGGGCUCUGCCUGGCGCCGUCUCUGUCCUGCCUCCCUUGUCUGCCCUCGCAGGCCUGUCUGGUCUGUCUCGGACAGCCAGCUCUCCUCCCCUGCCCGGCGCUGUAGCGGCUCUGCCUGGCUUGUCUGGUCUGUCUCGGACAGCAAACUCUCCUCCUCUCAACGACACCUUACACUCCACUCCACCUCACAGAAGCAUCACCUCCAUCAACAGCUCUGGCAGUCUCUCUCCUAAACCUUCGUUCAAAGCCCCCUCACAGUCACCUGCAGUAGUGAACUGGGUGGUCCCGGUGGCAGACAGAGGACGUUAUAAUGACAUCUUCCUGAAGACAGACACAGACAUGGACGGUCUUGUCACCGGAGGGGAAGUCAUGGAGAUCUUUAUGCUGUCCAACCUUUCUAAGACCAUGCUGGCACAGAUCUGGGGUCUGGCUGACACCAAGCAGACAGGAAAGCUGUCCAGAGAGCAGUUCUCUUUGGCCAUGUGGCUGAUCCACCAGAAAGUCAUCAGCGGGUUGGACCCUCCCCAGACCCUCUCCCCCGAAAUGAUACCCCCCUCUGAGAGGACCACCACCUCUGUUCUUGACAGCAGCAGUUCUACAGAGUCAGCUGACCUGACAGGCAUCAAAGAGCUGGAUGACAUCAGUCAGGAAAUCGCCCAGCUGCAGAGAGAGAAGUACACUCUGGAGCAGGACAUCAGGGACAAAGAGGAAGCCAUCAGACAGAAGAACAAGGAAAUUCAGGAGAUGCUGGAGGACCUGGACCAGGAGAGCGGUGGUCUGCAGGACCUGGAGGCCCAGAAGCAGGAUGCUCAGCAGCAGCUGGAGGAGAUGGACCAGCAGAGGAACAAGCUGGAGGGCAUGCUAAAAGACGUUCACCUGAAGUGUCAGGAUCAGUCCACCCUGAUCUCAUCCUUACAGACCCAGAUCCACAGUCAGGAGUCUGACCUGCAGAGUCAGGAGACUGAGCUGAGUCGUACCAAGUCUGACCUGAACAAACUGCAGUUGGAGGAGAAGCAGCUAGAGCAGAACCUACUGACCGGACGCAUGCAGCUAGACUCCAUCAUCAAGUCACUCAAGGCCACCCAGGAUGAGAUCAACCAGGCUCGUAGUAAGCUUUCUCAGAUCCAGGACAGUCAACAGGAGGUGACUAAGACUAUAGAGCAAUACAACAACGCUCUGAACGGAAGCCACAGCCAGACUCAUGCUGGCAGCAUGACCAACCUGGCAGACAUGAGCGAAGUAGGAUUCUCAGAGAGGGAGAACGGAGAAUUUGGCGCCAGGAAUCAGGAGGACUCUUUCAAAUCGAGGAUAGCCAUGUUCAGCAGCAACAAAUCAACACCAGAACCCCUUCCUGCAGCAGACCCCUUCCAGACAGAGGACCCCUUCAAAUCAGACCCCUUCAAAGAUCCAUUUGAAGCCGAUGAUCCCUUCAAAGAGAGUGAUCCAUUCAAGGGUGCUUCCUCAGACUUCUUCAAGAAAACGACCGAUGUGUUUGCCUCAGCAGAUCCCUUCAGUAGAAAACCUACUCCCCCCAUCAAGCCUGGUGGCAGUCUGUCGGGUAGCAGGAAUCUCUUAACCUCCCACAGCCCCCGGCCCAGCCCCAAGCCUACAGAUGGCUUCGGAACAGUGGACCCUUUCGGUGGCAAUGCUUUUGGAGGAAAGAGUGGAUUCGCAGACUUCAGUCAAAUGUCUAAAAAGAAACCAAUCAACCCUGUGCUACCACCUAAGAACACACCUAACAGGCCUGCGCCUCCUUAUGGACUGGAAAGUGUCAAGUCAGGAAGUGAGUCAGAGCAGCUGGCGUGGGCGAAGAGGGAGACUCCGCCCACAGGAACAGGAGAGACUGAGGAGACUCCGCCCACAGGAACAGAAGGACCCGGACCUGGUCAUCGCCCUCAGCACGGAUAAAAUCUAAGAACCCUAUUAGACUCACAACAAUAACCACAGUCCUGUUAGACACUCACAACGACACACACCUCCUGACCACAGUCCUGGUACAAGCUGAAUAAAAACCAUGCAACUGACUGAUAUCAUACAGUACAGCACAACAAACAGCUUCACCACGACCAACAGUUCCUCAACAGCCCAAAUAUUACCGUCUGACUAGAUCCUGGGGACAGUGUGUCUUCAGACUAGACUACAACACUUGUACACCCCCAAUAUAAACCAGAGUACACCCUAACAACAACUACAACUUCACCCUGACAACAACUACAACUUCACCCCGACAACAACUACAACUUCACCCCGACAACAACUACAACUUCACCCCGACAACAACUACAACUUCACCCCGACAACAACUACAACUUCACCCUGACAACAACUACAACUUCACCCUGACAACAACUACAACUUCACCCUGACAACAACUACAACUUCACCCUGACAACAACUACAACUUCACCCUGACAACAGCCUCCCGCUGCAGCUCCGUGACGUUCUGACAACAGCCCCUCUAGACUGUGGCCCAAUCAUCCCCUAAACCCUGUGCCCAAAUCAGCCCCUAAACCCUACGCCCUAUGCUAAUCUGAGAGGAUUUGACAAGGGUAAGUAAUCUGGCAAUAGCUCCAGCGUGCUCUCUGAUAGGCUAGGUGGAAGUUUCACUAUAUUGCUUAUACCGAUCAAAUCCUCUCCGAUCUCUACCAGUGCAUAUGGUUUAGGGGUCGAUUUUUGGAUUGGGCCUAGGACUUGAGGAUGGGAUGGCAGCCCCUCUACCGAUUCAGCUCCGCUGAAGCCAGACUUUAUCAACACUAACCUACCAAAGUCUCUCUUUUAACCUCUUUGUCAUCGUCAGCCUCAGUGGUUAAUUCCAGUCAGCUGCAUCACAACUAAAAUCAGCUCAGCUCCUUUUUCUUUUCUUUUUUAGCCCUGAUUUUAGUCCGACUUGACUGACUGACAGCCUAAAUCAAGAGUGACUUAACUCUGACUUGGCUAAGGUCAGGGGUCGUUAGGACUCUAGUAGACCCCGUAGUUCUUCUAUGGGGAGACUCUGGGUGCUUAACUUUGUUUUUGCUUCAUCAUUUGUUGUGAGGAAAUAGCCAAGAUUUUAACAUUUUUAUUUAAUUUGUAUUAUUUAUAUAGGGGGAAAAUCAUGCACUUGUGGUUUAUGAAGUAUCUGUAUAUGUACUAUUAUAACUGUUUAAUAUACCCUUAAAAACAUUCAUGCAAAAAGUCUGUUAUAGCGUACUCUUUUGCUGUCAGUAAGUGUGCUUGUGUUCAUGAUUUCUUGUUGAAAAUCUCCUUUUUCGUAAGGAAAUGUUUAGAUUAUGGAAAUACAGAUAUUCUUUGUUAUUUUCUUGUCUCGGGGGUUCUGAACUUUUAUUGCCUUCCACCCCAACAGAAGAAUGACAAAUUCAAAAACUCUCCUGCCUUAAAGGAUAUGGGGUGGGGGUUGACCUUUCACCUCUCACUGUCAACAUUUAGAUUGUAUUUUUGUUGUAAUCUCUUAAUGCUAAACUCUAUAAUGCAUUCAGUGCGUUUAUUUUGACGUGUUUCAUCUGUUAUUGAUUUAUUGAACUAGGGCAUUAGAAUUACGACGUUUAUUUUAUAUUUAAUUCAUUUUCAGGAGAAAAUGUAUUGUUACACUCACAAGCACCACACUCAAUAAUCACUCGCUAUCGCUAUCCUAAUGCCUUGUAAUUCACUGAUGAUAGGGGUUGUUUGGCACAUACAAUGUGUGUUUAUGACCUCCUAUGGUUGUCUAAAAUUGCACCCCUAUUCCCUAUAAGGGGCCCCUGGUUAAAAGUAGUGCAUUAUAUAGGGAAUAGGGUGUCAUUUGGGCUACAGACACAGUGUGUGUGUAUGUAUAUUCUGGGAACUCUGUGCUGCAGCUCAUUCUCCAGUGUUGACCUGAAGGAGUAUUGUAUUGGUCACACUGGGAUCCAUUAAGGAGUCAUGUCCACAAUGAUGUCUGUCUUACUUAUCCAUAACCACAAUGGCUCAUUUCAUGUGUAACAGUAUAUAUGAUUAUAAAUAUUCCAUCAAGGUUGAAAUAAUUGAAAUCCUGUGUAUAUCUUUGAAUAUAAAUAAAACCUCAUGUAACAUUCCA